CGACGGCGGCGGCGAUGGAAGAGCCGAGCGGAGGGGAGUCAGCCGGGGAAGCUGAAUCGCGGAUGGACGUAGAAGAAGCGGCGGGGGCGGCAGAAGCGACCGGGGAAGAGGAGAAGGAAACCUGGCCGGUGGCAGAGCCGGAGCCCGAGCGAGAGGACAACCAGUUAACAGAAGCCGCCUUGCCGCCCGUACCAGCCGCCAGCAGCAGCCAGGAAAUCGCGGAAGAUCUUAAUUCAGACGAAGAUAAUGGGAGUCAGGGAAGCGAGGAGAGCAGCUGCAGCGACUAUGGGAGUCACGAUAGGCCUGGGACAUCUUUGCGAAGGGCCGUGUCAGAGGCAAAAACUCUUCUUCCAGACACCUUCCAGACAAACAACCUCCUCUUCUAUGAGAGAUUCAAGACCUACCAGGAUUACAUGUUAGCUGACUGCAAAGCCUCAGAGGUGAAAGAAUUUACAGCCGAGUAUUUGGAAAAGGUCCUUGAACCCUCCGGAUGGCAGGCAAUCUGGUGCACUAAUGCGUUUGAAGUCUUGGUCGAGGUUGCCGACAUGGACUACGCCUCCCUGAAAGCGGUGGUGCGGCUUUCCCAGCCUUUUCGGUGCAGGGUGCAAGAGGGGCGCUUCAGCUCCGAGCAGGUGUGCACCCUGUUGGAACUAAAGGAGUACCAGCUGCCAUUGCAGGAAUUGUCAGUCGUGUUUGAUGACUCGGGAGAAUUCGACCAGACGGCCCUUGCAGUAGAGCAUGUCAGGUUUUUCUAUAAGCACAUUUGGCGGAGCUGGGAUGAAGAAGAUGAUGACGACUUCGACUACUUUGUCCGAUGCGUGGAGCCUCGUCUGCGUUUGUAAUAUGAUGUAUUACAUCAUGGAGACCGUGUCUCACCAGCUCUGGUGUCCGACUAUCACAGCCGCCUUUCUCAGUGCGAGGAACUCUACCGCAAGUUCCAAGUCCUGAGGAACAACCUCUCGGCCUGCGAUUCCGACUCUGAAAAAGACAACGUCUGCGUGGCGGAAGGGAUGAAACUCUACGAGCAGAUCGAGAACCUGAAACAGAAGCUGACAAUGAUGGAAAACCUUCUAUUCAGAUAUGUCUUUGGUUAUAAGAAGCACGCUGGGCUCAAGGCAAAAGGAGCUCGUUCUUCUAAUAUUACUAUUACGCACGUUGUCUGUGCUACGAUCCAGUCGAGUUUCCUACAGUGUCUGUUCAGGGACAAACUUUCUCCGGAACAUUUCAACGAAGAAAUUGAAAUCCAGUUCCACAACGACCCGCAGUCUGCUUUGAAUGCUUGCUACGAAGGAGACCUCAUCAUUUGUCCCGGCCAUUACAUUGUUGAAGGGGCAUUGCCGAUCGCUGAUUCUGUGGCACUAGAAGGUUAUGGACUGCCAGAUGACAUCGUGAUAGAAAAGCAAGGGAAGGCACAUGCUUUCGUUGAAUGUACCGGAAAGGAUGUGAAAAUCUCUAACCUGAAGCUCAUCCAACAUGAUGCGGAGAAAGGCAUUCUGAGUGUUCAUCAAGGGAGGACGACUCUGGAAAACUGUGUGUUGCAGUGUGAAACCACUGGAAUUGCCGUCCGAACAUCUGCCGAGUUCUUCAUGAAGAACUCUGAUCUGUAUGGGGCGAAGGGAGCUGGGAUCGAAAUCUACCCAGGCAGCACCUGCAUUUUGAUGGGGAAUGGGCUACACCAUUGUAAAGAAGGAAUCCUGAUCAAGAACUUUUUGGAUGAGCAUUUUGACGUUCCCAAGAUAACCAUGAAGAACAACGUGAUACACAAUAAUGAAGGCUAUGGUGUGGUGCUGGUGAAACCUAAAGAGGCUAGUGAGGUCACGCCAGAAAGCACAUCAGGACAAACGAAAGACAGCGCGCCUGCCGAAGGUGCCCCCACCGAGAACUGCGAAGGUGCUCAUGGCUUGGAUUGCGGGGAAGCGGAUCCUUACGGAAGAGACAAUGACGUCAAUGACGAGGAAGACAAUUUUCAGAUAUCAAAGGAGCUUUGGGCCACCUUGCUGAAGAAGAACCAGCUGUGCCAAAAGAGACUGAGCCAGUUGGAGAUCCCAGAGGCAGACAGCCAGAUGUCUCAACAGAUGCUUGUGUCCAUCUUGGGCAACCAGUUCAAGCGCAACGGGAAAGGGUGUUUUGGAACCUUCCUUUAUUGAUUUUCCGAAAUUGUGUUAUCAACCCAAUAGGAAUAACCAGCAGCUAAGCACUGAUGCUUUCCAGAAUAGCUAAAACUCCCUUGACCCCUGGUUGUUGUUUUUUUUUAAAAAUAUUUAAAUCUGAUUUAUCUUUUCUGCUUCACUGUGUUCUUUUCAGCAGUGGGUGUGUGCUUCACAUUUUUGAAGCCAUAACUUGAGAGUCGAAAGCUCUCCAAUGACUUUCCCGAAGGGAGAAGCGUCAUCCUUAUUGGCUCUGUGUCUCCGUUUAUUAUUAUGCUAUUUAUAUCUAACAUCAAUCACCUCGUUUUAAAAAUAAAAUAAAGCUCUGUACGUAGAUAGGGAGAUUGUUGGCACUACCCUCCUACCUCGUGACUGCAGAUAAAAUGAACACUUGUUGUUUGAGUAAUGGCUGUGGGUCAG